UUCUCAGAAGGUCGUCUGCACAGUAGCAUCGCGACGAGCCGACGACGCAACUUUCGUGGGUUCACCACGACACCACUCGGCUCUUGCGAUGCCGACGUCUCACCUCUCAAUCCUCACUUCUCAAGCCUCAAGCCCUCAACUCAACACCUGAACUCUUCACCUCUCUAAGCCCUAGUCCACAGACACAGUCGCUCCCUGAACGGACCUCAGGUGACAGGUGAACCUCACCUCAGGCAGUAGACACUCAAGUGGGUUAUGUAACCGACUGACCGUUUGCUCACCCCUACAACGGAGUCAGCUACAGUACUGCAAAAUCUUUUCCCACUCCGGCCAUCUUCCAUGGCUCUAAGAAAUGCAAUAGAAGCAGCCACACUGCUGAGAAACCUUCGCUCUCAGAGUCUCUUCACAGUUCACAAGCUCCAAAACCCUAUUGCUCCGUCCCAUUUGAUUUCAUCGGAUUUUGACCAAACUCUACGCCUUUCUGUAAUUUCUCGAAGACCGCUUUCCAUGUCCGAUUUUUUCAGCACCAAAGUUGAUACAGGUUCAGAAAAUAUCGAUGUUAGCAGCGGCCAGAAACAGAAUAAGAAGCCAUUGGACAUUUUCUUCAAAGAGGCCGUUGGAAUUCUCGAAACUCAUCGAGGCACGGAACAUAUAGAGGAGAAUGAUCAUCUGAGGAGUAAGCUGAGAAAGUUGGAAGAAGAAGUGAGAGUUUUGCAAGAGAAAAGAAAAAAGGAAAUAGAGGAGAAGAAUAAGCAAAGGGAAAGGGAAGCAGAGGAGAUAAAGAAGGCUAUAAGGGCUGAUGAAAAUACGGUGAAUGAUUCUAAGCCCAAGAGCUUGCACGAAUUGUUUGCAAAUGACUUAACCAAAAAUGGCAAGUUGUUAAAAACUUCACAGGCUUCGAUGGAAGAGGAUCUGAUGGUUGGCAAGGGGCUAUCCCCUGAUAUGGUUAUGCUUGUGACUCACUUGUACGAGGAAGGGUACUUUAAAGAUGCAAACUUUUUGCGGAAGAAUAGGUUUGAUAUUACUUGCUUUGAGGAUAGCUAUGCCCGCCACUACAUAAAGCAUGCUGCCGAAGAGUUUGCAAAUGAUAAUCAGGGGAUUGCCAAAUGGCUUUCUGCUAGUGACUUGAAGAAGGUGGCACUUUUUGGUUGUCCUUCUCUUGUGAAGAAACAUGUAUAUUCUGCCAAAAUGUUGCGAAAUUUCUUCAGGAUUCAGGAAGACACUGUCUGCGGAAAAUGUGCUUUAAGAGACUCAUGUAAGUUUGUGAAUCAGCGCAUGUGGAACAGUAAUGCCAAAACGCUUCAACUACAUCACGUAAUGAGGACUAUCACUCUGUACGGCUUGGAAUCAGUACCUACAGAGUUGGCCGUGCCAGAGGAUAUUAAGAAAUCUGUGAGUCGGUUGCUCAAGGAGGUUGUAAAGCUAAGUAAAGUUUGUUAAGAUUACUUCACAACCACAUGAUAAGCCGUCAUUCUGCGUAGCUUACUGAAGUUGCUAGCGAAAUAUUAUGUCCCCUAAUCACAUCCACCCAGCCUGUUUUCCAUUUGAUUGUCUUAAUUACAUUAACAGAGGUAGAAAUUAUUUUUCAAUUGAAUGGAGCUUCCAACAAGGGCGGGAUUAGUCAGUGAACUUACGUCUGCAUAACAAAUAGCAUCUCUACAAUUUUUUUUUAUCCACUUACAAUAGUUUAAAGCUAACAAGGAGAUGCUGGUUUGUUUCUCUGUUAAAACAGAUAGACAAAAGUGCUUAUUAGUUGCUGGAUUUUAUUGAAUGAACCGAGUACUAAUGAGAACUUUGACAGAAUCAGAUUUUGACCGAGAUUUGUAUACUAUGAAGAACCUUUUUGUUUGAAUAAUCAGACCUUAUGUGAAGUUUUAAAGUCUAUAAAACGAUAUUUUCUGAUAGUA